CUUCCUAAAGAAGUACUUCCGGCCAGAGCCGGAAGCCUCGCUUCGGGCCGGCGCGUGUGAGGGGCGCGCCUCCGACCACCUGGGCUAGCCGCGGGCAGGUGAGCUUCGGAGGGGCUGCGGGGCUGCCGGAGCUGCAGGAGCCAAGAUUGUAUUUAUUUAUUCAUGAAAGACACAGAGAGAGAGGCAGAGGCACCGGCAGAGGGAGAAGCAGGCUCCACACAGGAAGCCUGAUGUUGGACUUGAUCCUGGGACUCUGGAAUCACACCCUGAGCCAAAGGCAGACGCUCAACCACUGAGCCACCUAGGCGUCCCUGGAUUGAUAUUUGGAUUAGCUCUUUAUCUCAUAUUUGGAUUCUGGCUAUGUGAUAAUGAAUGACACUUUGACAUCUGAUGUCAUUGGUCGACGAGUUGAAGUUAAUGGAGAACAUGCAACAGUGCGAUUUUCUGGUAUUGUCCCUCCUGUGGCAGGACUCUGGUUAGGAGUAGAAUGGGAUAAUCCUGAGAGAGGAAAGCAUGACGGAAGCCACGACGGGACUGUGUAUUUUAAAUGCAGGCACCCAACAGGAGGAUCCUUUAUUCGUCCAAACAAAGUAAAUUUUGGAGUGGACUUUCUCACUGCAGUUAAGAAUCGCUAUGUGUUAGAAGAUGCGCCUGAGGAAGAUGGGAAAGGGCAAAUUAUUAUAAUUGGAAAUAAACCCGUGGAAACAAUUGGUUUUGACUCUAUUAUAAAACAGCAAAGUCAGCUCAGCAAGUUGCAAGAUAUUUCUCUGAGGAACUGUGCAGUGAAUUGUGCUGGCGACAAAGGAGCAAUUGCCAAAGCAUGUCCUAAUAUCAGAAAGGUAGAUUUGUCACGAAACCUGUUGUCCUCGUGGGAUGAAGUCCUAGAUAUUGCUGAUCAGCUCAAACACCUGGAAGUUCUUAACCUCAGUGAGAAUAAACUCAGCUUUCCUUUGGCUUCGCUGACUCUGACCCGGGCAUUUCCUGCACUGAAGAUUUUAGCCCUUAACCGGACAGGAAUAACGUGGGUGGAGGUGCUCCGGUGUGCCUCUGGAUGGCCAGUUCUUGAGGAGUUGUACCUCGCCUCUAACGACCUUUUCAUUUCAGAAAGGCCGGCUGAUGUUCUGCAGACACUCAAAUUAUUAGACCUUUCCUCUAAUCAGUCAAUUGAUGAAAAUCAGCUGUUUCUAAUAGCAUAUCUGCCCAGAUUAGAACAACUCAUCCUUUCUGAUGUUGGAAUUUCUUCUAUACAUUUUCCGGAUGCUGUAGCUGGGCAGAAAACAUUAAUGUUUCCUUCUUUGCAGUACCUCAUAGUAAAUGACAAUCAGAUAUCACAAUGGUCAUUUAUCAAUGAGCUGGAUAAGCUGCAGAGUCUGCAUGCUCUGUCCUGCACACGAAACCCCCUGAUGCAAGAGGGCAAAGCAGCACAGACCACGCAUCAGUUCAUCAUUGCCAAAAUUGGGCAACUGAAGACUCUGAACAAAUGUGAGAUCCUCCCGGAGGAAAGGCGCGGAGCUGAGUUGGAUUACAGAAAGGCCUUUGGAAAUGAAUGGAAGGCGGCUGGCGGACACCAGGAUCCAGACAGAAACAGACCAAAUGAGGAGUUCGUUGCAGCACAUCCCAGAUACCAGCUGCUCUGCCUCAAAUACGGUGCUCCUGAAGAUGGGGAACUCAAAACACAACAGCCGUUUGUGCUCAAAAACCAGCUUCUAACACUGAAGAUAAAAUAUCCUAAUCAAGUUGAUCAGAAAGUCCUAGAGAAACAACUGCCAGCCUCCAUGACAAUUCAAAAGGUGAAGGGAUUGCUGGCACGUCUUCUCAGAGUUCCUGUGUCAGAACUCCUGCUGUCCUACGAAAGUCCCAAAAUGCCCGGCAGAGAGAUCGGACUAGAAAAUGACCAGCAGUCAUUACAGUUUUAUUCUGUGGAAAGUGGAGACUGUCUAUUGGUGCGAUGGUAACUGGGAGUCACUGGACGUAAAAGACUUAUUGGAACAAUUCUGGCAGAAAAAGAGGUUUUACAGCUUGCCCUAAGUACAGAAGAGGUGAUAUUUUUCAUUGGAAACAGACCAUUUCUAGGCUUGUAUAUAACAGCAGUAAUAAAGGCUUUGCACCUACUAA